AUGCCUGAAAAUGAUGAGGAUUCUGAACUAUUAACAGUUCUUGAAAAUGAAACUAAUUUGGAAUAUCUUAAGAGGAUUAGCGAACAUGGAUUAGUAGAUAAUCUCGAUUGGAAUGAAUUUGAAGAUAUCCAACAUCUUUGUGCUGGAACUUCUGGAGAAGUUAAAAGAGCUAAAUGGAAAGUUAGAAAUAUAGAAGUUGUUCUUAAAAAAGUAGCCAUAGCUAUUAUGAAUGCUACAGAGUCAGAUAACCAAGAAUUUAUCAAAGAGAUUAAAGCUUUUCAUGCAAUCAAAAAGAAAAUACUCAAAGGCCAUGAAAAUAUAAUCCAAUUUCUUGGUGUAUCAAAGCAUUGUGUCGAACUUGAGCUUUAUCUAGUAUUAGAGUAUGCAGAUCAUAAUGAUUUGCGAUGUUAUUUAGGUGAAAAUAGGCUUUUAGAGUGGAAGCAAAAGAUCGACAUUGCGAGGCAGGUUGUCCGUGGCCUACAUUUUUUACAUGAAAUCGGAAUUUUACAUCGUGAUUUUCAUACUAAAAAUGUGGUCGUUAAAAAUGUUAAAAAUGACAAAAGGUUCGAACAUGAUAUUAGGGUUUUAAUCACAGACUUCGGACUCUCUAAAGUCCUUCCUCGUAACAGUAAAUCAAACCAGAAAAUGGGAGGAAUGGUACCAUUUAUUGACCCUCAUAUAUUAUGUAACGCAACUACGAUGUUUGAUCAUAAAUCUGAUAUAUAUAGCCUUGGUGUUGUUUUAUGGGAAAUUACAAGCAAGGGUCAACGACCGUUUAAUACAGAUAUAAGAGCUUUUUCAAAUGUUCUAUUAGCAAAUGAUAUAGUACAUGGAAAAAGAGAGAAUCCAAUACCUGGAUCAAAUGCAUUUUAUGUUGAACUUUAUACUGCUUGUUGGAACGGAAACCCCGAAUUGCGCCCGGAAAUUAAAAAAAUAUUUGAAUUGAUACACCAAGACAAUAUGAUAUCAGAUGAACCGUGGAAACCGCUAAACGAAAUAUGCGAAUCAACACCCACCGAAAUAUGUAAAUCAACACCCAACGAAAUAUAUACUUCAACCAUAGAUGAGUAUCAAGAUGAACAGCUAUCAGAACAGCGAAAUGAUGAACAACCUGCAGAAAAUCAGCAAGACGACGAACAACUAGCAGAAAUUAUUGAGAUGAUUGAUAAAGCUUCUAUUAAAGUACGUAAAAAGGUUGUACAAUAUGUAAAGAGGUUGAACAAUGGAUAG